CAUUCGUUUACAAUUUCAUUAAUAACUUUCACAUUAACAUGUACGUUACGAUUAAUUACAAUUAUAGUAUAUCGAAAAUAAGGUUGUAAUUACAUCACUGAAACCGACCUCAAUAGCCAACUCUAUACACAAAAGCAACAUUAUGUCGUGGAACUUUACACUCCCACAAAUCCUUCAUUCCAUCCCUCAAAACUCAACCAAAAAUGCGAUUCAAUAAUUCCACAGAUAAAAGAAGAGCCCAAAAACCCGAAUCGAUGGGCGUGGACGAAUCCGGCCUAGCCAAAUCGGCUGCAUGGGCAUGGUACGAACGCGGAUCCGGGUCGGAGGGGCGGGAAGUGGAUCUUUGGAGGUGGAAACCGGAGCCUAAACCAUCAAGGUACAAGCUAGAAGUAUUGAGAAAUUUGCAAAGAGAUCAAGAUCACAUAAAUUCCUCUAGAAAUUCUCUUCUUGACAAUUAUGAGAUUGAGAGGAUAUCGAUGGAGCUAAAUCAUUACAUACAAGCUAGUCAUGCUAAGCACCACGGCGGUGGCGGCGGCCCUCCCAAGGCGGCGGCCGAUGAUGUUUUCUUGAAAAGGAAGAAUAUGGUAAAAGGGUUUUGGUGGAGACAUGUUCCGGCGUGUGGCUCAUCGAGAAACGACGUUGUCGAGCCUCGGCCGGAGAAAGACCGCGUUCCGGUGGUCAGGGUUGUCGGUUACCAGCCGCGCUUGAGGAAAGGAGCGAGUAGCCCGAGACGGAGGGAGUAUAAUUGAAGUGGAAUACGGUGGACGUGGAGUGAUGCUGCAUCAAGUAUUGUACUGGAUGUCUAUCUUCCAACUUACUACAUAUAUGAUGUCUGUGUUAUGCCGUCUAUCACGUAGAUAUAAUAAAUACAUCUACUCAUAAAAAAUAGUUUUGGGGAUGAAUAGUAUAGAGUUUAAUGCAAUGUUUUAAAAACCGGACCGGACCGGUCGGACGCGAACCGGUAGGUCGUCCGGUCCGGUUCACCCCUUUAAACCACCACUGCAUUGAACCGCCGUG